AUGAGUUCAGAAUUAAUUUUAGGUGUACGUUUAGAUCUUCAAACAUUAACUACAAUUAAAUUAAGUGAUAUUAAUUUUAAGACAAAAGUAGCAGAACUGAAAUAUGAAACAGCUGGAAGGGUUAACCUAUCAAAAGAAUUAUUUGAACUGAUUUAUUGUGGAUGUGUUCUUGAAGAUGAUAUGACUUUAGAAUCUUAUGGUUUAAAAAAUGGUGCAAUGAUACAUGUUUUAAGAAAAAGGGAACCAGAACUACCAUCAUUUCCUAAAUAUAUAUCAGAAGAUGGUAUUUUACAACUUGUAUCUGCAUUUAAGUCCUUCAAAGAAAACCCUGGACUUCGAAGUGCUUUAAGUCGUAUAGGGAAAAAACCAGAAGUUAUGGAUAAUAUUAUUUCAUCUUCUCCUGGAUUACAUGAAGAUACUGUAGCAAUUGCUAUUUUGCAAGAUCCUGAUUUAAUGUCAUAUUUUACAGAUGUAGAUACUGUUCGAAGAUUUGCAGAGGCACAUCCUGUUUUGGUAGAAGCUGCCCAAAAUAUAGCUGCAGCUGUUCAUGCUGAAGCACAUAACAACAUAACUUUUGGCAUCAAUUCUUCAUUGUCUAAUUCAGAAUCUGCUGCUUUUUCUUAUAGUUUAGAUAAUUUAAGUGGUGAUGAAGAAAUGGCAGGGGAUUCUUCUCAGUCUUCAGAUUCUACACAACCAUCAAAUUUAUCUUCUAAUCCAACAAAUUCUGCUGUUACUGUUGCACAACUUGCUGCAGCAGUUUCUAGAGCAAGAGCUGGAAGUUUUCCCCUUUCUGAUUCUUCUUCUUCUACUUCAGCUAGUAGCGCGAAUUCUCGAAUAAUAACAGCAGAAAUGUUUACACAAGCUAUGCAACAAGUUCAUUCACCAUUAGUUUUACCGAGACCGUCAAAUUUACGACGAAUGUUAGCGCAAAUGCAUGAAUUAGGGUUGCAAAAUGAUAGAGUGAAUCGUCGAGCAUUACGUCUCACAAAUCAUGAUUUAAGAGCAGCAAUUGAACUUGUGCUCAGUGGUUUAAUCAAUAAUUAAGUUUAUUAAAUUAGAAUUUACAAUACACUUAUUUGAAUACUAUAUACAAAAAUUGUAUAUUUCUUAUUUUUAUGCAUUAAAUUAAAAAGUACUUUAUAAAAUUUAAAAGAUGAACAAUUUUUUAACCGAAAAAUUUUAAUUACUGUUUUGAUUUUAAAAAUAUUUUUGAAUGCAUAAAAUUAAUAAUAUCAGAAUAGAUAUAUAAAAUAAAAUUUUUGUGUUUUAAGAAAUAAAAAAAAACAAUAUAAUUUCUCUGUUUAUAUACUUUUGAUAAUAUUAUAAUAAUUAUAUUUUAUAUAAUUUUAUUAAUGUAUAUAUAAAACUGAUAAAUAUAAAGAAAUAAUAAAACUAAGUAAUUAAUAA